CAGAAAGUGCAAGUUAAAACAUCUGACGCUGCAAUAAACGUUCAUCUUCUCUCAGAGACGAUGAGAGCUGUGCUGAUAACGGAUUAACAUAUGCUUAUGAAAACUAAAGACCCCCAGCACUUUGGAUAAAGUUAGUGUCGGAGAAUUAAAAGAGGAAACAAAACUGUCUAAAUAGACCUACAGUAACAACAAUCUGAAGUAACAAGGAAUUUCACAUCUGAAGAAUCAAGACAAUGAAUCACCUUUCCCAAGCUCCUAUCCUAUAAAACUAUUCUUGGGUAAAUAACACAAUCCUUGCCCUUUGUGCAUACAUGAUUAAGAGUCAUUUAGCCUCAUGAACUCAAAGUUCAUGGUCACUUCCGAUUUCUCCGUGUCCACCUGCAGCUCGUGAGUCUGGCUACAGUCACUUCUGCAAGUGUCACAGAGGUGUCUGGUGACCAUUUCUCUCUCUCAUCUCACACUCAACUAAUGGACCGCUUUGCCCCUCCCCUCCUUUUCUCCAUCUCGGACUGGGAGGUAGUGAGAGGAGGAGAGGAGGCAACAGCCCACCGUUCCCCUGGGCCCUUCUACACGGCUCAAUAGCUCAGCUCCUGGAUGGGAUCAUAACCCUGAGUGCUGGCCAAGAGAAGAGCCGCUUCUCCUCACUGCAGGGUGAACAAACUCACUCGAACCCCACCAUGGCUGAGCGCAGGGUGGUCCCGAUUGUGGUUUUGCUUCUCGUCCUGGUUACACCAGCCCUGAGCGGAUGCCCAAGCGCCUGUCGCUGUUCCUUUGCCAUGCUGCAAUGCCUGGAGUUGGACGGGAUCACCAGCGUCCCGGCGUUGGCGCCACAGGAGAGUGAAAACGUCACUGAAAUCUACAUAGAGAAUCAAGCAAACCUGGAGAACAUCACAGACAUAGACCUCGCCAACUACAGAGAACUGAAGAACCUGACGGUCACAGAUUGUGGGGUGGUGUACAUCUCUGAAAAUGCCUUUCAGCAUAAUUUCAAGCUGCAGUAUGUAAACCUGGCCUCUAAUUUACUAAUGCACAUCAGUUGGAGGGUGUUUCAUGCAGUCCCUCUGUUGAGUCUAAUUCUGAGGGACAAUCCACUCACCUGCUCAUGUGACAUUUACUGGCUUCAGCAAUGGCAUAGAAAAAGACAAAACGAUAUUGAUUCUCAACAAAACUGCAUCUACAAUGCCAACAGCAUUCAGCUGGAUUCAUUUGAAAUGGAUAAUUGUAGUGUUCCUGAAGUCAAAAUUGACCCACCGACACUGACCACUCAAGAAGGAGGAAACCUGACCUUUACCUGUCUGGUGACUGGAGUACCAACACCGACUAUCCGCUGGAGAACAGAGCACCUCCAGUCCAGCUGGACCCUGCAGCAAGGGAUCUGGGGAUCAACCCUGGAGCUGGUUCUGCACAUGAGGAACGUGUCUUCUGGAGACAACCUGCACAAUCUCACCUGUGAGGCGGAGAAUCGCGCUGGAAUGGAUGAAGCCACUGUGCAGCUGGAUAUUGAAUUUCCAGUGCGGAUCUUGUUUCUGAAGGACCCAGAGCCACAACAUCACUGGUGUAUCCCGUUUGCUGUGGAUAGCAAUCCUCCCGCCUCCAUCAAAUGGCUGUACAACAACACACCUCUCAUCGAAACCCGCUACACCUACACCGAACUGAUCAGAGACGCGGCCGAUGGCUCCAUUCAACACGGCUGUCUGUUCCUCAACAAGCCCACCCAUCUGAACAACGGCAACUACACACUCAUCGUGGAGAAUAAACUGGGUAGGGACCAGGCUACAGUGAAGGGGAUGUUCAUGGUAAAUCCUUUCGACCCCUUUGACCCAGAGGGCAUCAUUCCUGUCCUCCCUGAUGACCCAAUUCCCACCAACCAAUCAACGGAGACGGAGAAACUGGAGACCAGAGUGUUUGGGGUGUCAGUAGCGGUGGGUCUCGCUGUGUUUGCCUGCACAUUUCUUCUCAUCAUGGUUGUUGUCAUCAAUAAAUGUGGACAGCACUCCAAGUUCGGCAUCCACCGUUCGUCUGUUCUGGGCACUGAGGACGAUCUGGCCGUGUCUCUCCGCUUCAUGAACUUCGGGGCAAGUCCUCCAUCUUCAGAUGACAGCACGCUUGACUCUGGCUUGUCCAGUUUUGUAGAAAACCCGCAGUAUUUCUGUGGCAUCAUCAAAGACAAAGACAUGUGUGUCCAAAACAUUAAAAGAAAAGACAUUAUUUUGAAGUGGGAACUGGGUGAAGGAGCUUUUGGCAAGGUUUACCUAGCAGAAUGUGCCAACCUUUGUCCUGACACUGACAAGAUGCUGGUUGCUAUCAAGACCUUGAAAGUUGCCAGCGAGUCCACCCGACAGGACUUCCAGCGCGAGGCCGAGCUGCUCACGGUGCUACAGCAUGAACACAUAGUGCGGUUCUACGGUGUGUGUACAGACGGAGAACCUCUGGCCAUGGUGUUUGAGUACAUGCGACACGGAGACCUCAACCGCUUUCUAAGGGCUCACGGUCCAGAUGCUCGUAUCUUGGACGAGAUGAAGGUUCCUCUGAUGGGUCAGCUGACUCUUCCUCAGAUGCUCCACAUCGCAGCUCAGAUCGCCUCGGGCAUGGUGUACCUCGCUUCCCUUCAUUUUGUCCACAGAGAUCUGGCCACCAGGAACUGUUUGGUUGGAGAAGGGCUGGUGGUGAAGAUCGGGGACUUCGGGAUGUCGAGAGACAUUUACAGCACUGAUUACUACAGGGUCGGUGGGAGGACGAUGUUGCCCAUUCGCUGGAUGCCGCCAGAAAGCAUCAUGUACAGGAAGUUCACCACGGAGAGUGACAUCUGGAGCUUUGGAGUGGUCCUUUGGGAAAUCUUCACCUACGGCAAACAACCGUGGUAUCAGCUAUCCAACAGUGAGGCCAUUGAGUGCAUCACGCAGGGACGAGAGCUUGAACGGCCACGUACCUGCCCAAAGGAAGUGCACCUCCUCAUGCAGGGCUGCUGGCAGAGAGAACCCCAGCAGAGGCUCGUCAUCAAGGACAUCUACAACCGCCUCGUGGCCCUCGUCAAGAGCCCGCCGGUCUACCUGGACAUCCUGGAGUAGCAGCACACGGAGAAGACAUGCUUCUGACGGCUGGUUGUUUGGGCUGAGGAGGAAAGUCAACGGUGGGUUGAGGACAGGCAGAAUUCACAAACUGUCUCAGAUGUGCAAGAACAUUUGGUGAUGUAAACGUUUAAUCCACCAAACAUGUACGAUUGUGUCCAUGUGUUUAAAUUUGAGUAAAUGGACAGUGGAUACUUUGAAGAUGCAUUAAUGGAAAUUGCUCAUGGAUCUUCAUGACUCAACCCUGAAGAGACACUAGAUUUUCUAUAUAGGGAUACUGUUGUCAAGGUCUUGUAAUUAAAGUUCAUUAAAGGUGAAGUGUGUCAUUUUCAGAUUAAUAUUCAGAGACAUUUUAAGGCUUAUUUCCUCAAUAAAUGUAAAAAGGGUUGCUCUGUUUAUUUGAGCAUUCCGCCCAGUCUGACCCAACAACAGUUCCUUAACCAAUCGCGUGAUUUUGGGUGAGGGACUUACUGUUUUGUCUGACCAAUGGGAGACGUGUAAAGUGAAAACCAGGGCCUGUAUUACAGAAAUAUUCUGAAGGCCCGUACACACCGGGACGAAUAUCAGCGCGCAUUAUUCGUCAGCGUUAUUCAACGUGUUUUUUUGUGCUCACACCCAAGUGAUUUUCGCGGACGAUGAGCCGAGUGAACGUGCAAAUUCAUUCCCUGACAUUAGAUGGCGCCCAUUUGCUCUGCAAAACCACUUAUCACUUCUCUUUCAUCAAGAUGUUUUGUAGUCGACUAGUCGCAGUUGCGUUUGUCACAUAGUUCUUUAUGUUCUAACACCAACGAGAACAGCAGCUCUACAUUCAUCUUGCCUCGCAUCUUCCUCGUCUUAUUUCUUCCUGGCAGUGUAGACCAUGAUGUCUGGUGUGGACCAUAGACAGGUGUAGACAGCGACGCCACUUGGCGAAGAUCUUCUUCUCCGUUACGUAUGCGUGCUCGGCAAGACCGUUUUGUGUUUGAGCGCCCCCAAGUUGUGUUUUACUGUAACUUCAGAAGCUCCAAACACC